CCCCGCGCGCGCGAUGCCGGUGCAGGUCGGCGACUACAGCUGGCAGCAGACGGAAGCGGCCGUGUUCCUCUCGCUGCCGCUCCGGGGCGUGAGCGCCAGGGACGCCGACGUGUUCUGCACGGAGAACUACCUCAAGGUCAAUUUUCCUCCGUUUUUAUUUGAAGUAUUUCUAUACGCUCCCAUAGACGAUGCCAGCAGCAAAGCGAAGAUUGGGAAUGACACUGUUAUCUUCACCCUGUAUAAAAAAGAAGCAGCCAUGUGGGAGGCGCUUUCCAUGCCAAGGGUCGACAAAGAGACAAAGCAAAAAAUCAGAGAAAAAUCUAUUUUGCAAGCUCAACAGACAGCGCAGGAAGCUGCAGAAGCAAAAGCUACAGCAAGGCGGGAAGAUCAAAAGUAUACACUAACUGUCAUGAUGAAGAUUGAAGAAGAUGAAAGGAAAAAAAUAGAAGAUAUGAAGGAAAAUGAACGGAGAAAAGCCACUAAAGAACUGGAAGUGUGGAAAGAAUGUCAAAAGAAAGAUGAAAAACAAAAACCAAUUCCAAGAGAAGAGAAAUUAUGUCAACAAAGAAAGCAAACCAAAGAAGAAAGAAAAAAAUUAAAACAUGAAACAGUUACAAGAAAUUCUACAUUCAGGCAUCAUGCUACAAAAGGGAGAAAUGCAGAGGAUAUAUUUGUUGAAGCAUUGCAGGAAACCAGCAUUCCCGCCCCUCGCUCUGUUGGCAGCAUUAAAGUCAGCUUCACCCCGCGAGUGUUCCCCACCGCUCUUCGGGAGUCACAAGUAGCAGAAGAAGAGGAGUGGCUGCACAAACAAGCUGAGGCAAGAAGAGCAAUGAACACGGAUAUUCCUGAAUUUUGUGAUUUGAAAGAAGAAGAAAAGAAUCCAGACUGGUUGAAGGAAAAAGGAAACAAAUUGUUUGCAACAGAAAACUAUUUGGCAGCCAUUAAUGCAUACAACUUAGCCAUAAGACUAAACAACAAGAUUCCACUCUUGUAUCUGAAUCGGGCUGCUUGCCACCUGAAACUGAAAAACUUACACAAAGCCAUUGAAGAUUCUUCAAAGGCUUUGGAAUUAUUGACACCACCAGUUACAGACAAUGCUAAUGCAAGAAUGAAGGCCCAUGUACGCCGGGGAACAGCAUUCUGUCGAUUAGAAUUGUAUGUAGAAGGAUUGCAGGAUUAUGAGGCUGCACUUAAGAUUGAUCCAGCCAAUGAAAUUGUACAACGUGAUGCAGAAAGGAUUCGGAAUAUAAUCCAGGGAACAGAAGCCAACUCUUAUGACUAGAAACAGCUAGGUAGAGUAUUUGGCAUUGUUUUUUCGUUUCUCAGAAAUAAUUAGAUACACUGGACUAACCUUUCUUAUUUGUGGAACAGCUUAGUUGUACUUUUAUGUUUGUUUAUUUUUGGGCUGGUACUAGGGCUUGAACUCAAGGCCAAGGCACUCUCCUUUUGCUUUUAAUGUUUUUAAUUUUAUU